AUGGCAACCUCUGAUACAACACCUUAUACAUUACUUGAUGUCCCUGAAGAUAUCGACUACGUGAAAUUACGAACAGUCUAUCGGAAAAAAAUUCAUGAACAUCUACAAAAGAAAAUUUCAGCCAUCAAUUUCCGUCGUAUUUGUCGUGCGUAUGAAACAUUAUCUGACUUUGAUAAACGUAAUCUUUAUGAUUCACAAAAACAAUGGGUUUCUGAACUGCCAAUCAAUAAAUAUACUCCACAACAAUUGGCCGCUGAACCAGAUCUAAUACGUGAUUUAAAACAACGACUACGCAAUGCUAAUUUAACAGAACUUAAUGCUCAAGAUCCUGUAACAGGUCAUACGACACUUUAUACUGCAGCUCGUGCUGGUAAUGUAGAAGCAGUAAAAUUUUUAACUGAACAAGGAGCAGAACCUGAUUUAUCACAACGUACAAAAAGUACUGCAUUACAUGUUGCUGCUUUUUAUGGACAUGCUGAUGUUGUUCGUUGUCUGUUGGAAAGUGGAGCCGAUUAUCGAAUAAAAAAUUCGUGUGGUAAUACAGCUGAAAACGAAGCAUAUAAUGAUGACGUAAAUAAAGUAUUUAUUGAACUCAAACAAAUUCCUUACAUUCGAGUAGCUGCAAACGAACUUGAUUGGUUUUUUAAGAACGGUUUAACACAGCAUCAAGAUACAGAAUAUUUUGCUCAACGUCAAACACUAUUACAUUGUGCUAGUAAAAAAGGUUAUUGUGAAUUAGUACAUUGGCUUGUAGAACAACGUCAGGCUAAUAUAGAUCUUGUUGAUUUCAAUGGAAAUACUGCUUUACAUCUUGCUGCUUAUGGUGGUCAUACAACUGUUGUCGAUUAUCUACUUAAGUGUGGUUGUGAUUCGACUGUUAAAAAUCGAUGGGGUACAACGGCUGAAGAAGAAGGCAUUAAGCAUGGUAAUAGUAUUACUAAUAUUUUUAAAAAUAUACGUGAACGUGACAUGUUUGAUAUGGCACGAACUGGUGUAGAUUGGUGGUUUUAUUAUUAUUUUGAUAGUGAUUCAAAAGAUAUGAUUGAUUCUAAUGGUAUAAGUUUAUUAUAUCAUGCUUGCCGUUUUGGACAAUAUACUGUUGCAAAAUGGUUAUUAGAACAUGGAGCUAAUGUUAAUCUUCAAAUGACAACGAAACCAAGGAGUACUCCAUUACAUGUAGCAAAAUAUCGUGGUCAUGUUUUAAUUGUCGAACUUCUACUUGAAUAUGGUGCAGAUGUCAAUAUUAAAAAUGAUUUUGGAGCAAAUGUCUUCGAAGAAGACAUAUCGGAAGAAGUAGAUGAAAACAAAUCGAGUAACAUUAAAGAAAUCUUACUACAAUAUCAACGUAAUUUAACAAGUGAUAAGUUGAUUGAUAUACAUGUCUAUGAAGAUGAUGGUGAUGGAGAGGAACCGAUUGUAAAAAUCAAACUUGAACUUAGAUCCAAUCAUCAGGAUCUAUUAACAGCAUUAUCUAAUGUUUCAGGUGAUCAAUAUCCUUAUUUUUCUAUUGCUCGACGUGCACUUAUCUUCAAAGAAAAGGAUACAACAAUUAUAUCAGCUGUAGGUUGUUCACGAUAUGUUUCUUCAAAAUUUAUUGAUACACCAAUCCGUCUGAUCCGUCACAAAACAUUACCAAAUGGAUAUAACAGUAAUCAAUCAAUUCAUGAAGAGUCUAAAUUAGAUCUUCGAAAUUUCAGUAAAAAGUUCGAUUCUCAAUGUAAAACAAAUUCAUUUUCAUUGAAAGCUCCUCUAACAGAGAAAAAAAACAUUCAAAUUGAUAAUUUAAUGUUCAGCUUCUCUGAAAGUUCUAUAAAAAAUGACAUUGAAUUUAAAAUAGAUACACUUUUUACACCAGACCCUGAAAUAUUUAACAUACUUGGAUGUAUUUGCCUUUUUAAAAUUACAAUUAAUCAAUCUCCUACUACAUUUCUUGAAUUACCCGAGGUAUCAAUGGUUAAUGAGCGCGAAGCUCGUUUAUACACGUUAGCUACACCUUCACCUUACUGGUUUAGUUCUCACACUCGUCGAACUCGUCUACCUGUGAUUAUUGGUUUUCAUGCAUUCGUUCGUUAUGUUAGUAUCAUUCCAAAUCAUCUUGUCCUACCAGCAGAUAUGUUUAUUGCAGCUACUCUUGAACAACCAUUGAAAUUACGAGAUAAUCCUGUACCCUGUAGAUAUUUAGUUCUUCGAAAACAUAAUCCUAGCAUAUUUCCACACAUAGUUUAUCAUGGAACAGCCAUUAAUGUCAUUCGAUCUAUCGUUCAUGAUGGACUAGUCAUACCAGGUACGGUAACAGCCAGUGGAAAACGUAUUAAUCCACCAAAAAACCAUUUUGCACGUGAAAGCACAUAUUUUGGGGUUCCUGAUUUUGCUGCUGCUGUUUUUCUAAGUCCGAGUGUGUAUUAUAGCUCGGAUCCAACAUAUGCAAUAUCAUUCUCUCAUCGCGAUCAACAACUGAUACCUGUAUUAGAAUGUAGUGUCAAAAAUGAAAGCUAUAUUACUUAUCCUGGCACUGUAGGAGGCUAUACAAAGCAUCCAGGCGAUGAUUUAAAUGCUCUGGAAUGGCGAGUUAAUGAUCCAAAAAAUAUCGAAAUCAAUGCCAUAUUGUUCAUUACAAAGAUUGAAUCAAUUGCUGCAUCUAAAAUGGCACGAAUUACUAAAACCAGUUGA